ACACACGGCGUUAUGUUUUAACGAGUGUUGGUUAUACUUGAUGCAAUAUCCUUGCAACAUGGUUGUAUUCUUUGGGCCAGAGAGUAGAUAACUUUAGACCGAGUGAGCUGAACGCUAGCUGAACUUGCAUUCGAAUGGUGGAGGCAGAUUGUGUUUACUGAAAGAAAGAAGUUGGGUUACGAAUGAUACGUUAAACUCGUUUUGAGAUUAUUGACUCGCCUAGAAUUGUAAAUCGAUAUAUAGGGAAGUAUUGUGUUAAAUUACUUACAUCGCCAUGCCUUCCAACGAUCCCGAAAAAUUUGAUGGAAUGUUGUUGGCGAUGGCGCAACAACUUGAAGGUGGUGUUCAAGAGCUUUUGGACACCAUUUUUAGUUUUCUUGCUCGCAAAACUGAUUUCUAUUGUGGAGGGGGUGAAGGCGCGGCUGAAAAGCUUGUAAUGGGCAAGUUCAAAAAGUACGAGACGCAGGCAUUGGAAAUACAAGGUAAGAAGAAGGAAGAGAAGGAAGCUAGUGAAAGGAAACGCAAAGAGAGAGCACAAAAGAAAAAAGAGGAGGAGGAAAGGAAAGCAUCAGUGCCCACUGAAGCCACAAUCACUGAACUGACCGAGGAGGAAGCGGAAAAGUUACAAAAAGAACUUAAUGAGGAAAAGUUUGCUAAUAUUCCUUCACCAUCUGAGUUGAGCACAGAAGAAAGUGAGGAUUCUGCCAAAAAGGAAAAAUCUGAAUCUGAUGAUGAAGAUCCAAAGGAAAAAGGAAAACUCAAACCCAAUUCUGGCAAUGGUUGCGACUUACCAAAUUACAGGUGGACACAAACACUCUCUGAAGUUGAGUUACGUGUGCCAUUGAAUGUAAAUUUUCCUGUCAAAUCAAGAGAUAUUAAUGUUGUUAUAAACAAACGCCAUCUCAUAUGUGGUAUACGUGGACGUGAUCCCAUAAUUGACGGAGACCUCCAUAGUGAAGUGAAAUUGGAAGAAAGCACUUGGGUGCUUGAGGAUGGGCGAUCAUUGCUUGUACAACUUGAAAAGGUUGACAAAAUGGAGUGGUGGAGCCGGUUGACAACAACUGAUCCUGAAAUUAGCACACGUAAAAUCAAUCCAGAACCUUCCAAACUUUCUGAUCUUGAUGGUGAAACUCGUGGUCUUGUUGAGAAAAUGAUGUAUGAUCAGCGGCAACGUGAAUUGGGAUUACCAACAUCUGAAGAACAGAAAAAACAAGAUGUGAUAAAGAAAUUCAUGGAACAACAUCCAGAAAUGGAUUUUUCCAAAUGCAAAUUUAACUGAACGUAAAUAUAUUUAGCUGCUUUCCUGUUCAUUUGACACACAUGAAGGAUUUAUUUGCAAAUUUUGAAAGACUGUUUAAAACUGUCAUGAUCAUUGCAUAUUUUAUUAUCUGCAAGGCAUUUUUUAAACGUUUCAAGAAAUUGUAAUGAUGUAGUAAAAGAUGCAGUAAAGCUAUGCAUUUUUACUGCUGAUAGUGUGCUUAUGAUCAUUUUCAAGAAGGAAUCGUGAAGGAAUUUUCAGAAUUCAAGAGGUGCAACUGUCAUCAAUUUCAGCCCCUAUAGUGCAGUGAUAUAGAGCAAGAAACCCAGUUGCUGAAAUAUUCCUUCAAGAUUUGACCAACUCAGUUUUGAAUCAUUGCUAACUGAAAUAAUACAAAUUAUUCUGGCAAAUAAAAAUUCAUACUGUAAUUUUUUUUAGUACUGUAUGUGAAUGUGUUCCUAUAUCAUUUGUUGUGUUAUAAUGUCACAUUGACGUUACAUUGUUAAAAUAACUAACCAUUCUGUUCUUAUUGUAUUUACUUCCUGAAAAAUUAUUAGGAAUAAUAUGAAAAUUACCAUUGAUUUGAAAUGUAUCUAAAAUUAUUUCAACUAAAAUAUAGUAGUGGUCUUCAGUGCAGUAAAUUUCAGUUGAAUCUUUGAAUAUGACAUCCAGUGUGAGGUUCUAUAAAAUACGUUUUUAAAUGAACAGCAGCUUUGCUGUUUUUAAUUUGUAGUGUUAUAGUUUUCACAAUUUUUUAAAUUUUCAUGUUAUUGAAAUAGGUGCAUUAGCAACAUUGCAACCCAUGGAUUAAAAAGUUCUGUGAAAUUUCAAUUGCCUGUUCUCAUUAUCACUUAAAACUUCUCGGUUUGUUCAAUAACUUAUUCUGAUUUUUUGAUUCCCAAGACUGUUAUAUAUAUGAUAAAAAUAUUACUUUACUCACAAGACUAUUUUAUUGACUUAUAUCUGAAUUAUUCUUUCUACUGAAAAUUGGGAAAACUGCCUUUGUAUUUUUUAUGAAAGCGGAUAAUCAGUUUCUACAAACAUGAAAAUAUAAAAUAAAAUACAAGAAAUGCUUUCAAAUUUUCAAUAUUGAAUUUUGGGUAUUUGUAGAAUGGAACUUCAAACCACUCUUUGUAGGAUGGAACUUCACUUUUGUAGUUGAACAUUUGCAUAUGGUGGUAAAUAUUUAGGACAUCUUUAUGUAACGUCACUGCACUUAUCAUGUGCACAACAAAUUAUCAUUCAUUGGAUGUUCCAAAAGCACUUGCAAUAAAGAAAAAAUGCUAUCAACCACCAAAUAUUUACGGAAGAAUUAUUUGUUUAAUUUUUAUUGUCCAUCUUAUUUGUCCCUAGCUUUCAUAUUUGUACUAAGGGAGAGCUUGUUGCAAUGGAUUCAAGCAAAGAGAUGCUGGCUGUAGUGGAGACUGUUUAAUCUCAGAGAUGGGUAAAUGAUGGAGGAGAUAGAGGGGAAGGACUACUGAUUCACAAGAGGCAUCAAGCGAACUUUGUGUUUAUUAUGGGCCAUUCAGUUUUAAGAGGUCCGGAAUUAAAUUAGUUGCCUCUUGAUCUUGGAAAAAAA